CGGCGUCCCAAAACCCCCGCCCCGGUCGUUGUCCCCUCCACUGAUAAAUGUUUAUUUUUUAAUCGGUUUUGUUUGUUUGUUUGUAUUGACAAUAAUCAAUUUGCGGAAGUGUGAACCCUCUUUUAUGGUCUUCUUGCUUUUGAUAUUUUAAUUCUUCUGUGAACUGCCCAUUCCCAUUCUUCCUUUAUUUUAAGGUAUACAAAGCUUUGACCUCAUUAAAAGAAAGCUCUCAAAGAGUGAGAGAGACUCAACCCUUUGCAUCAAUCUGUUCACUUUUAAACCAGCAAGUUCUUGGGGGAAGCCAUCUGUCCGAACAGCACCAGAACAAAUCCAACGCCAAUCUUGUAAUUUGUCUUAAUACCAGGAGGUUUCAGAACUUGAUAGAAUCCACAAAAAUGACAUAAUUUCAUUCCGCUGGUUGGUUACUAUUGACAUAUACUUUAAGAUGUGUGCAAUAAAAGAAUGUUUGAGAGCUUCAAUACAGACCAGAUAAAGGUUGGCUUCUGCUCAUCCAUGACUUUAAGUUCAAUGGGUAUUUCUGUGUGAAAAAAGCGUUAGAAAUGCAAAAGCUGACUAGCAUUGUUGUUAGCUAGUUGUUAAUAUUGAUGAAAUUAGAGAAUUACACUUUCUUUUUCAAAAUAGAUUAAACAUAAUUUGAUCUUGAAAACACCAAAACAUCUUGAAACAAAUUGGUGUGUCGAUGUACUUUGCUGCAGUAGACAAAAUUAAGUUCAUAGUUGCAAGAAGGAGCACAGAGAGGCAAGAAAAUCUGAAAAGAAUGGAGCAGCAGACUGAUAUUAACAUUGAUAAAAUGUCAUCUAGUGUUCGAAGUAGAUUGCUCGACAACUCUCCAAUAUCAGCUUCCUGCUGCAUAUUUAGAGUUCCCAAUCCACUUCGUAAACACGAUGAGCAGCUUUUCACUCCGACAUCGGUUCCUAUUGGUCCAUAUCAUAGAGAUCCAGAGAAGUUCCAAUUUGCAGAAAAGAUUAAACUUUGGUACCUAAAUCGUCUUAUUAAUCGAGCACCAACUCCUCAUACAACUCUGGAAUGUUUCUUCACAAAAAUUGCCGCUAAUGUAAACCAUUGCUUGGAAAGCUAUGGAGAUGAAGUGAAAAUGAAAAGAGAUGAAUUCGUGGAGAUGUUAGUCAUUGAUGGUUGCUUUAUUAUAGAGUUAUUUCGUAGGUUUCUAAAGAUAGUACCGACAAGUGCAGAUGACCCUUUGUUUAAAAUGCCUUGGGUACGAAAAGUUUUGGUGACAGACUUGCUCUUGCUUGAGAACCAGCUUCCCUGGUUUGUCUUAGAUCGCUUAUUCAACCUCACCAAGAGUGAUAAUGACAGCGAGAGAAGCCUCCUUCCUCAGCUUGCUCAUAAUUUCUUCCGCGGGAGUGCUUUGAGAACGCCAGGCGUGCAACUGGACCUGAAACUCCAGAACAAGCAUUUACUUGACUUGCAACGAAACAUCAUGCUUUUGGGGAGCGAAGAACUUGAGGAUGGAGAUUUUGUCCGGAUCCCUCGUGUGACUGAGCUUUUGCAAGCUGGAAUUGAUUUUGCAGUUGGAGAAAAACAUAACUUUAUGAAGAUAACAUUCAAGAAAGGAAUAUUGACAAUCCCACCGAUAAUAAUUUUGGACAAUGCAGAAUCUUUAUUGCGAAAUCUUAUUGCAUAUGAGCAAUGUGACGAGAAUCUACAAGAUAGAAUCGCAGCUUAUGCUGGAUUUUUAGAUAAUCUCAUCGAUACAAAUGAGGAUAUUGAUUAUCUCCGUCAGAAAGGGAUCGUAACAUGUUUCUUGAGCCCAGAGGAUGUGUCUGGUUUCUUCAAUAGACUCUAUAAUGAUGUUCACAUUGUACAUUCCCCUUUCACGAAAGUUUCAAAAGAAAUUAAUGCAUACUGCAAAUCUCGCUGGCCCCGAUGGCGGACAAGACUGACACGAGAUUACUUCAACAGUCCUUGGUCAAUCAUCUCAGUUAUUGGUGCAGUUGUGAUUUUGGUUCUCACAUUCUUGCAGACACUGUAUGCCAUGCUUUAUCAGUAGGCUUCUCUGGCUUGUCUUUUCCUGAUGUCAUUGUAUCUCCACUGUCAUCUUCGUGUAAGGCUUGAUUAACAUUUGGUUCAACUCACUAUAUGAAUUCGCAUUUUCCCUGUCCGUGAUCACCAUA